AUGGGGGAAGCGCCAGAGCCUCACGGCAGGCUGGGGGCUAGCGGGCUGCUGAGGUUCAGCGUUAGAGCACACGGGAGUAACGGCAACCAUAAAAGAAAAGCGCGGCCAACUCCUCAGUCUGCCGGCCGGCCCCCGCGCGCUGCCACGCAGAGCUUCGAAAUCCUUAGAAUUUGCACAAGAUACACACCAGAACAAGACACCAUGACCUUUUCAGAUGGCCUUACCCUAAACCGAACUCAGAUGCACAACGCCGGCUUUGGCCCACUGACUGAUCUCGUGUUCACGUUUGCCAACCAGCUCCUGCCUUUAGAAAUGGAUGAUACAGAAACAGGUCUCCUUAGUGCCAUCUGCUUAAUCUGUGGAGAUCGCCAGGACCUUGAAGAACCAAUGAAAGUGGAUAAGCUUCAGGAACCGUUGCUUGAAGCACUGAAAAUUUAUAUCCGAAAGAGACGACCCAACAAGCCUCAUAUGUUCCCAAAGAUCUUAAUGAAAAUCACAGAUCUUCGUAGCAUCAGUGCAAAAGGUGCAGAACGUGUCAUUACAUUGAAAAUGGAAAUUCCUGGAUCCAUGCCCCCUCUUAUUCAGGAAAUGUUGGAGAACUCUGAAGGACAUGAACCACUGACACCAACCUCAAAUGGAAAUACUGCAGAACACAGUCCUAGUAUCUCACCGAGCUCAGUGGAUAACGGCAGUGUCAGUCAAUCCCCUAUGGUGCAAUAAGACAUUUUCCAGCUACUUCAGACAUUCCUAAUACCUUCUGUACAGGGAUGAAAAGCAAGAAAAACAUUUUUACUGCUGCUUAGUUUCUGGACUUAAUAUAUAUCUAUAUAUGUGUAUAUAUAUAGAUAAAAACUCAACAAGGACCAAGAAAUUUUCAUAUGUAUCGAUAUAUACUCCUUGCUGUUUAAACUCUUAAAACUAGAAAAUGCAAACUUUUGAAACUCUAAAUCAGCCAUUUCAUGCAAAAAAAA